ACUGAACAGCCUCAAAGCCAAAUCACUAGCUUAGCAUUUUUUGAACAGUCUGAGUACACCGCCAAGCAAAAAUGGUGGAAGUGUCUUCUAGUUUUUGACAAAUUUUUGGAUACAAAUUUUGCCAAUCCUUUCAGUUUAUAUGGAUUUUUGUAUUUAUUCUGAAGUUUAAACUCAUAUUGGGUAUUUGAAAAAUGUUAUGAAUUUCGGCUUUUAGCGAAAAUAUUGUGAAUACAUAGAAGUGAAAAAAUCGUGGACAGGCUGUCAUUAAUUUUCGAAAAAGAAGAAAGGGAUCAAAGGGGAUAGCUUAAAAUAUUUACAAAGUUAGGUAGAAAGCCAUGAAAAAUUAGAUCAAACUUUUGUAAUAAUUGAAAAACAUUUUUAUUAAAAUAAAGAAACGUCUAUUACUGCAUCGAAAAAAUAAAUGUAAUGCAAAAUGGAUCAACUAUUCAUGUUCUCAAACGAGUAUACAGUGGAUGACGAUAACAAUUCUAAGAAUGGCAGCAAUAAAGGGGAAACAAAAAUCAAAAGCGAACCUCAAGAAAUUAUUAAUGAUGCUGAAGAUGAUAAUAGCUAUAUAAUGCCGGAAUCUUUAUUACAACAAAUGACAACAACACACGGUGAAGAUGGUGAAGGUGAGGAUGAUAAUACCAUUUUCAAUUUUGGGAUUGAAUCAACUCCCAAGACACGGUCCUCAUCAGCUAUAGUGAAACCUUCAUCCACAAAAACUCCUCAAGAUGCAUUAAUUAACUAUGAUAUGGCUAUAAUGUAUAUAUGUCCUGCUUGCGGUGCUGAAUUCGAUACACAAAGUGUUUGGAAGGGUCACAUAAAUGGAGUGCAUGAGUACAAUACUCGGCGUGGACUAAAUUUUGUACCGAUCGAUAAGUUGUAUCACAGAUGUUUAGAGUGCAACAAACCCAUUGCUAUGCAUGCAAUGGAAAACUUAUUGAAGCAUAAAUUUACACAUUUACCACAUCGUUGUACUAAAUGUAAGAUAUGUCAUCGUCGUUAUAAAUAUCGACAGGACUUAAUUGUACAUUUGCGUUUGUGUCAUCGUGAGGAGGUGAUAUUAAUGAUGGAAAGCGAAAACAUGUCGACUAGCAACAGGCAUGAACAUAGACGAGCAUCGGUUCCUGCCAUGAAAAACCCUCAGUUAGAAAUCAAGGAUAUUAAAGGUAAUGCUGUGGAUAUUUUCGAGAACACGUGUGAUAGUGUUGAGGUAAAAAAUGAACCAGUUGAUCUUGACGAUCAAGAUGCGGAUAAUUUGCUGGUACAAACAGGAAGUAAAUCAAAGAGUUCGCGGACCUCAAUACUAGAAGAUGCGCUUAGUCGAAGUUCUUCACAAAUCUCCGAACAGCGACCGAGUGUUGAUGAGAAACAAUGUGAAAAACAUAUAAAAUAUAUUUGCCCGGUUUGCAGCACCGAAUUUCAGAUUAAAAACGAAUGGCACGAACAUGUACAAGAAAUGCAUAAUUUUUGCACCAUCAGUGGGCUUGGGUUUCAGAAACGUUUUAACUCGACGGUGGAAUGUUUGGAAUGCAAGCGGGUAUUGUCUGAUAACUCAAUAGACCAACUGCAACAACACAAAUUUUCACAUCUUCCUUGCAAAACAUGGUUACGUUGUAUGCUUUGUUUACGCUCGUUUAUUACCCACAAAGAUAUAAUAAAGCACUUGCUUAAUCAACAUCGUCUUGAUGGCGAAUUCGACGCAGAUAUGGACGACAGCCAGGACUAUCGUUCUUUUGACCAAUACACUGCGCCAUCAAACGACUACGAAGAUGAAGGACAAACUGAAGACCUACUAAAAGGCGAUCUACGUGAUAUUUAUGAAACACAAAUUGAUUAUUUAUGUCCUAAAUGUGGUAAAGAGUUUUUUGAAAGAAAAAUGUGGAGAAAGCACAUAGUUAAAGCACAUCAUUAUACCGAUUUGAAAACACUUUGUUUUGUUGCUGUGAACGAGCAUCAAUUGCAAUGUCGCCUAUGCGGCAAAGUAAUUACAAAUGCUUACGGUGUUCAAAACGCCCAACAACAUUACUUUACACAUUUACCACACAAAGCGUACAUACGUUGUCGCCUAUGUGCCAAGUCGUAUACAGAUCGCAAAGGCUUGGUUAAGCAUCUACGUAAAGUGCAUCAUAUUAAUCCCAAAACGGCAGCGGCAGCACUAUUAGCUAAAGCAAACAAGAUGAGCCUACGUCUACCUGUAACAUCGACAUACCAAAAAUCAUCAUCUCAACAAGUGAGCAGACCGCGUAAAGCACCAAUUAAAGAAAUCGUUCGUCAUAACGGCGUAAUAUUUGAGAUACAAUUUUUGGAUGAGGAUAGCAAUGAUGACUCGUCAUAUGGUGGGAGAAAUGAUGAUGACAAAAGCGAUAAUAGUUUUGCUAUGCCCACGAGAAGACAUGUAUGCCCGGAUUGUUACUCAACCUUCAGUACGGCACAAGAAUUACGAAAGCAUACCCAAGAACAACAUGAUUUCAAAAAGCCAACACAAACAAAUGUCUGCGGUCGUUGUUAUUGUACGUUUGAGUCAGAGGCAGCGCUACAAGACCACAAACUGAAACAUCACUCAGAGAAUACUAAUGAUGGUAACAAUGAUGAUGACGAGUUACUCUUGGUACCCACUGGCAAUGAGGAAGUGAAAAAUAACACUGGUGAGGAGACUCCAAACAUAGAACAAUAUUUUUGCUAUCUGUGUCCGGCAUGUGGUGAGGAGUUUAAAACACAAUAUGAGUGGCGUCGCCACAUAAACGAUAUACACUACUUCGAUCGACGGUAUGAUUUGAAUUUCAAGCAAAUUGAUAAAUUUCAUUUCCAGUGUUUGGAAUGUAAGGAAAUUGUGAACAGUGCUAAAUUAAAAGGUCUGCAAGACCAUAAAUUCCGUCACUUACCAUAUAAAUUAUACAUAAAAUGUCGACUCUGUAGCACAUGCUACAAUCACAAACCCAAUGUGGUCACACAUCUGUGCACGCAACACAAUUUCAUACAUCCGAGUAAAACUUCCAAUUCAAGACCAGCUAUAUCACCCGCGCCGCAAAUGCGUAAGACAUAUAACAUGCAAGCAACUUCAUCCAACACAUUCAAGCCCUUGACAACUGAAAGCAUAAUUUCCUUACACAAUGCAGUGGAACACGAAACGAUUACGUACAAUUGUCCACAGUGCAAUGAACCAUUUGACACACAUGCCCUAUGGCGUCAACAUAUCGUCACUGUGCAUGAUCUGAACAGUCGGCAAGGCUUGAAUUUCCGUCAGUUAGACGCACACCAUUACAUAUGCUUGGAGUGUUACAAACGUGUUACAGUAACUCAUACAAAGGGCGCUAUUGGUCAACUGCAGUCGCAUAAAUUCCGUCAUUUGCCGUAUAAAUCCUUCUGUUGCACUAAAUGUGGUGGUGUCUUUGUGCGCAAGCAAAUGUUCUUUAAGCAUCUAAAUCGUGCAACCAAUAGAUGUCCUUUGAUGGGUAAUGAACCUGGAUUUCACCAUAAUGUCAGAACAGGUGCUUAUACGAAUUCAGUGCGUAACGUAUACGGUCAGCAAACUGACGAUAACAAACCAUUGAAGAAUCUAAACUUCUCGGUGACAUCGAACGAAAAAUGCCCAUACAUCAUACAAUGUCCACAAUGUGGCAUUAAAUUCGAAAAAUGGCAUCCAUGGCGUGAUCACAUUGAGAAGGAACACAAGCUAAAUAGUAUGGAAUCAUUGAAAUUCAAAAAGAUCAAUGAUCACAUGCACAUUUGUAUACAGUGCAAGGAGCGUGUGAACGGUGCGAAUUUUGUCAACCUGCAAACACAUCGAUUUAAGCACUUGCCAUAUGGCACUUAUCUACAUUGUCGCUAUUGUGAUGUCCGAUACUAUUAUAUGAUUAAUAUUAUUAAACAUAUGAAGGUAAAACAUCCAAACCAUGGCAUGGAAGAGCUCGAGUUGGAAUUGGAGAGUGCACCAGAUGAAAGGUCCGUUGUCUCGCCGUCGGUCACAGUGAGCAUGGAUGUGGAUAAGGAGAGCGAAGAGAAUAACUCGAAUAAUCCAACCGUUGGUAAUGAUAAUAAAAAGCAGGAUGACGCGCUUGUUAUCCCUGCUAAUGAUGAAGGCAAGGAAAAAGUUUCUGAAGAAAAGGAUAUUGAUUAUGGUUUCGGUUGCGAAUCCUCGAUAUGUUCAUACAUUAUAUUAUGUCCACAAUGUGGUAUGAAAUAUGAUAAUUGGUAUACGUGGCGUGAUCAUAUAGCAUCAGCACAUUCGUUAGACAACCACACAGCGCUGAAUUUCACAAAAAUCUUUGAUUGGUUGCAGGAGUGCAACGAGUGCAAAGAGCGUGUCAAUGCCACAUCGCUAUUUAAUUUGCAAACGCACAAAUUCAAGCAUUUACCAUAUGGCACUUAUUUAGAGUGUCGCUACUGUGACGCCAAAUAUAACUAUAUAAUACAUAUUGUUCGACACUUGAAGGCGAAACAUCCAGAGCAUGCAUUGCAAAAGCAAGAUAAACCCAUUGAUAUUGACGAAAGUUUGUUGGACAAUGUUGAUGAUGAAGAAGUUGAAGCAGAUGCAGAAGUAGAGCGUAGCAUUGGUGGCGAAGCAAAGCGUGUUCAUAAUGCAGAUGUGGAUGUAGACGCUGAGGGUGAUGACGAUGAGGAUGCAGAUGACGAUAUUGAGGAUAUGGAUGAUGAUAUCGAUGAAGAUGUUGAUGAUGAUGAUGAAGAUGACGAUGAAGAAGGGGAUAUGGAUGAUAAUGAUAUAAAUGAUGGUGGUGAAGUAGGCGAGCGUAUGGAUGUUGAUGAUUCUGAAGAUGGUGAUGACGAUGAAGAUGAUGACGAUGACGAUGAUAAUGAGGAGGAUGAUGAUGAUAGUGAGAAUUAUGGUAAUGAUGAUAAUGUCGAAGAUCCAGCUAUCCACAGCGUAAAUACAAAUUUAGAGACGCCAAACGGUGCAGUGGAGGAUAUUGAACAAGUUGAAGACACCGAGGACCAAUUUGUUCUUGGUUAAGUUUUUAUUUUCAUUAAAAUAACGUUACACAUAAAUUGUAACACUAAACCAUGCGUCAUAUUUGCCCUAGUGAAUGUUCACUUUUAAAAUAAAAAAGAAAAACAAUUAUGAAUUACAUACAUUCUUAACAUUCUAUUAAUAAAUUGUUUAAAGCUUCUUACUGUUUGUUAUGAAGCAGUUUUGAAUAACAUGAAAAAUAAAAUCUCUAAGUGUAUUCAC